CGAAAUCGGGAUCGAAUCAUACUCCCUCCCUCCCACACGGCGGCGAUCCAGCGGCCAAUGGGGAACGACCACCGGCGGUCUCCGGUGGCUCCGCCCACAGCAACCGAUAAGCCCCGCUCCCCGACACGCACCCACCGCCGGCACGUGACGGUCGCCGUCCGGGCACCACUCCCACUCGCUACACGCCGGCCGGUAGGGCUCCGGCUCGGGGAUAAGGCCGGGUGGCUGGCCACGACACCAACCCUCUGUAUAAAUAUUCACUCGCCCCCUCGGGAUCCCGAAUAAUCGCACCCGCCACGCUGCCUCCCACUUCCCUUUCCCCCACUUUCAAGGACCCCCCUCCCCCUCCUCCUUCCUCCUCGCCGGAGAAGAGAAGAGAAGCUUUCUUCCGUCGACGGCCGGCGCAGCGAUGGCGUGACUGGGUUUCUUGGAUGAUUCCGUUUUCUCUGGUUGGCGGGCGGCAGCAGUGGCGGAAGAGGGGACUGAGGGGAGUGGGACCAGGAUGAGCUUCAGCGUUGCCGGCAUGGAGGAGGAGCGCGCGGUGGAGGAGAUCCGGCGCCUGCCGGCGGAGGUCAACUGGGAGAUGCUCGACAAGUCCCGCUUCUUCGUGCUCGGCGCGGGCCUCUUCUCGGGCGUCUCCGCCGCGCUCUACCCGGCCGUCGUCGUCAAGACGCACCUGCAGGUCGCCCCGCCCCCGCAGGCCGCCGCCGCCACCGUCCGGGCCAUCCUCGGCCGCGACGGCCUCCGCGGCUUCUACCGCGGCUUCGGCGCCUCGCUGGCCGGCACCGUCCCCGCGCGCGCGCUCUACAUGGCCGCGCUCGAGGCCACCAAGAGCUCCGUCGGGUCCGCCGCGGUGCGGUUCGGGGUCUCGGAGCCCGCGGCGUCGGCGGUCGCCUCGGCCGCCGCGGGCGUCUCCGCCGCCGUCGCCGCGCAGGUCGUGUGGACCCCCGUGGACGUCAUCAGCCAGCGGCUCAUGGUCCAGACCUCCUCCGCCUGCCGCUACGCCGGCGGCGCGGACGCCUUCAGGAAGAUCCUCGCCGCCGACGGCGUCCGCGGCCUGUACCGCGGCUUCGGCCUCUCCAUCAUCACCUACGCGCCGUCCAACGCGGUGUGGUGGGCGUCCUACGCCAUGGCGCAGCGCUUCGCGUGGCGCGUGGUGGGCGCCGACCGCUCCGAGAGCUACCCCGCGCUGAUGGCCGUGCAGGGCGCCAGCGCGGCCGUGGCCGGGGGCGCGGCGGCCCUGGUGACCAUGCCGCUGGACACGGUGAAGACGCGGCUGCAGGUGAUGGAGGCCGACGCGGCGGUGGCGCGGCCGACGCUGGGGAGCACCAUGCGGGGCCUGCUCAAGGAGGGCGGGUGGGCCGCGUGCUACCGCGGGCUGGGGCCGAGGUGGGGCUCCAUGUCGCUCUCCGCUGCCACCAUGGUCACCACCUACGAGCUCCUCAAGCGGCUCUCGGCCAAGGAGGGCUCCCUGGGCUAGCAAGAUCGAUCCUUGUUACCAAGCCGCCCUCGAAGCGAGAUCGAUCCGUGAAAGUGCUGCCAUGCCGGUCUCGAUCAGUUAGUUAGGUUUCUUGUACAUAUGCUCGAAGAUCUUUCGCUUGGUUUCUGGUUUGGGUUCGUCGAUCUGGUGCUAUAGACUAUAGAGGGAUGGCGAAGAACAAGCACUAGAAGGUGGGUGGGGUUUUAGGAUGCCAAGUUUUGCUGGUUGUGCUUGUGCCCGCCGCCGCCGCCGCCGCCGAUGAUGAUGAUGAUGAAAAAUUAGCUGAAAUGGUAGAUUUUCAGUCUCAGCUUCCUAUGAACUACUACUACUAUUACCCUUAUCUCUUAGUAGUAUGACCUUUGUUAUGCGAAUGAAAACCUUGUGUACCUAA